ACUGCCCGCAUCGAGCUGGACCUGAUGCGAUUUGAGGACUGUGAGCAACAUCUAAACGAGGCCCAGUUGAUCUUCCGAGACCUCCAGCACUGGCGUGGUGAGGCAGAUGUGCUGGAAGUGCUGCUCAAAGAGCAGAUUCAGGUCACUUCACGAGAUGCUGUUGGCACUGCAGAUGAGUGGCGAGCUCUUUUCUAUGAUGCAGGCGACAAGAAGGGUGAGGCCAAAUGCCUUCGUGAAGCAGCACGCAUGUUCUUCUUGGCUGGAUAUGAGCAGGAUGCUGAUGCGCGAGGACAAGAGGCCCUCGCUUUGUUCCAAGAGAUCGAAGACCAAGCUGGAGAAGCACAAACCAUGCUGUUGUUGGCAGAGGUGCAUGCUGGCUUUGGAGAUGUUCGACGUGGUGCACAGACUGCAGAGGAGGCCUUGCAACUCUUCAAGAGCAUUGAGGAUCCAAAGGGCCAAUAUGACGCGUUCUCCAUUCUUGCCAGAGUGCAAAUGCUCGAAGAAGGUGGUGAUGCAGAGGCAGCCGCAACCGCGGCAGAGAAGGCUUACCAGUUGGUGAAGCGAUCUCGGAAAGGAUGGGCCACUCGCAGAAUUGAAGUGAAUGCAUUGAAGUUGCUGGCAGAAGCCGGAGUAGCAAAGUUGGUGGCCCUUGCAGGGGGGGAGGAUGUCGAGGACAAAUCAGAGGAAGAACAGGAGUUCUUGCAGAAUAUCUUUGAGAAGGCCCAUCGUGCAGCGGAGAUGGCCGUCGAUCGUGCUGCUGACCUGGACGAUCGGCGCUUGGAGGCGGGAGCUUUGCGCACCUUGGCCAAUGCCAGCCUGGUCUGUAGCAACUCUGAGACUGCGGAAGAGGCUGCACGUGAAGGUCUGAAGAUCGCCCAGGAGGUGGGUGACAAGCCGUUGGAGGCUUCCAUGCUGUGUAUCUCCGCGGAGGUGAACAUGGCUGGGUGCCUAAAGAAUCAUUGGUCCAGUCCAGAGAUGCUCAAAAAGAGGCCAAACCAAGCCUAG